GCCACAGCAGAUCCUACUACAGUAUCAGUAACUACAACUCCUAUAAACAACUCAAGUUCAGUUGAAGAUACCACUGAAUCCACCACCAGUGCAAACACGUUAAUGACAGUUACCACAGUUACCACUCCCGCCGUCUCAUCUUCAAGUGUUGACUCAGUCACAACUGUUCCUUCUCUAACAACGCAAACUAACGAUGGAUCGUCCCCCACCACAGUCACAGGGGGAGGUGUUUCCUCAGGGACUGUUUCUUCAGUGACUUUCAGCCGCAUCACUUCAUCAGAGAACAUCACCCCAAAACCCAGUACCACAGGUCCCAGCGGUCCUUGCCAGGGCGAUCCAUGUAGCGGUGGUUCUUCAUGUGUUAGUCUGAAUAGCCAUUACUUCUGCCUGUGUUCGGAAGGGUAUUACUAUAAUUCUUCCAUGUGCAAUAAAGGAAAGGUAUUCCCUGGAACAGUUACAGUAAGAGUAUCGGGAACAUCUGACUUGGAAAGUCAACAGUCUGAGGCCUAUCAAGACUUAUAUAAUAAAAUCACUACAUUUUUUGCAGAUGCCUUUAGCAGUUCUGAUUAUGGACAGACUGUAAUUCUGAAAGUAAGCACAUCUCCUUCAGCGAGAUCUGAAAUGCGUGCUGGUGAGCAGGAUAUUGAUGUAUCGGUAGUAAACAUUUUUGUACAAACUACAAAAGAAAACGAGACCAGCGUGUCUGAUACAAUUCAAAAAGCAAUCGCUGACGCCUCAGGUGACAUUAGAACAUAUGCUCGGCAAGAACGGUGUGAUUACUAUGGCUGUCAAAAGACGGAUGCUCAAGAUGACUGCAGCAGUGGUGUACUGUGCACAUGCAAAGAGGGGCUGACCAGACCUAACCUGCAGGUCCCUUUCUGUCUUGCUUCUGGUGCACAGUGUCCUGAUACCUGCAACGCAGAGCACAAGAGGCAAUGCUUUGUGAAGAGUGAUGGGAGCACUGGCUGUGACUGCCUGCCGGGCUACAAGCAAGAUGGUCAAGGGACCUGUCAAGAGUGUGCAUUUGGCUUCAGCGGAGUCAACUGUGAAGACAACUUUAAGCUGAUCCUCACCAUCGUGGGCGUUAUUGCUGGCAUCCUCAUUCUCAGCAUGGCGAUCACAUUGAUCAUCUCAGCGAGAUCAAGGAACAAACAGAAGAAUAUUGAAGAACAGAACUUGAUUGACAACGAGUUUCAAAAUCUGAGACUGCAGCAGACGACAGGCUUCAGCAAUCCAGGAGCGGACAGGAGCCUCUUCCCGAAAGUCAGGACGAACAUCUCCAGAGAUGACCAGCUGCAGAACCCUUAUGCCAACCAGAGAGGCUCACACAACCCUUAUACAAACCGGAGAGAAUGGUAGAAAUCUAGAACCAUCCAUGGCCCUCAACCCAAUGUAAGCUUUUAUUUUGAGUGUUUAAAAGACUGAUGGAGAAGUGAGCAGCCAUAAAGAACUGGCCUUUGGUAUGUUUCUUCCACCCAACGUCUAGCCUCUCUGAAUGGACUCGUGGCCGUUUGCUAUGAAUACAGCCUGUUUGCUAACUAAGUACCUGUGAAAUUGAAUGCACGUAGAUGCUAUUAGCACUUGCAAGAUAGUUGAUUUUCUCCAAUCAGUACAAUGUUUAGGUUUUUUUUUUCCUUUCGGGGCAAAAACAACCAUUUCCAAUCCAGAGGAAAGCACCCCGACGUUGUUCACUGCUGGGAGAACGUUGCUCUUGAAUUGAUAGCCUGCAGAUAAAUGACCCAAUUCUGGGAGAGUCCUACCCUCAGCUGUGGAGGUCCCAGAGGACGGGAGGAGACACUGUCCUUUAAGGUUCUCAAAGUUCAUCCUCUGACAAGUUAAAAUAGCUGUGCUGCUUCUCUCCCUCAAUGUGGGGAUUUCAUUACUUUGGAACUGCCAGACAGCUUGUGACCUGGCCUCACACCAAGAGGACAGAAAAGACACUUCUCUCAGCUUUUUGGGAGGAGUGACCGGGAGGCUAGGACAUUUUUGACGUUUAUUAGAAGGCCUGGACCAGAAAUGUCCGCUGUGGGCUGCAUUCUAGAGUUUUUGAAAUGCCAGUAGGUGGGAGAGGCAGGGAGAAAAAAUGUGACCAGGAGUAGGAGGAAGAGAGGCAGGAGGGAGCUGUGCUGGGAGGAUGAGUCAGGGAGGAGGUACCCAGGAUGCACCUUCGUCCUCACAGUGUCCUCCUCAAUGAGCAAAUGGGCGCUUCCUCCAUUCAUGCCUUACCCAAGACUCAGAGCCUAGGAAAAGGCCAGAAGACAAAAACGCCGGGAGCAACAGCUUGAAGUCACUUUGAAAUUGCAGACAUUCUGUCUGGCUGCUGGUGAGAGAGGAGGCUUGUGCUCUGGAUCCAGAUGUCAGCCUUGUGAUGCAGAUUCCAGAGGUAUUCCCCCCCCCCCACCCCCACCCAGGCCUCUGCCUUGGCUGGUGACAGAGGCUUAGCUGUGGCCACCAACACACACACAGCCAAGAAUGGGAGCAGCCACAUCCAGCACAGGCUUUCUUUCCUGUUAACAGUGUCCUUGUUUAUGUCUCAUGUCUGGUCCCCUUGCAAGUUAUUUUUAUUUGUUAUUAUUAUUUGCUCUUGAC